GGCCACGUCUGCUGCUACCCCUACCUGCCAGACUGGAUAGCUAUCACAAAGGUCAGCUCCGACCCCGUGGCAGUAGCGGCCGCGGUGCUGGAGGCACUGGGGGUGGCGCCAGCGCUGGCGGCCAGGGUGGCCGGAGACGUGCCCCGCGACGGCGCGUGCGACGCCGACCACGCGGACGGCACUGCGCGCGUGGUGCGGGCCGCGGUCGAGCGGGGGGAGCUGGAGCCGGGCGUGCUGGAAGGGAUGAGGGUGUGGCUCGGGGGGCGGUAG